UACUAAUUUUGUAUGAGGUGUCAGGUGAUUUGCUUUAGCUUUUACCGUGGCAGUGCGACUAUGUUGAUCAGUGUUUUAUUUAUUUAUAUGAUUUAUUUCUAAAGGGCAAAUAAGUGGUUAUGGAAAAUUUCUGAAUUGAACAAAAAAAAACGUCAAGAUGGUUGUUUCUCCGCAAAGCCCUGCUAGCGAAACGCAAAGUGUAAAAUCUAAAAACAACAUGGCUUCCAAGCCAACACAAUCCGUUGCGGAUACUCGAGCAGAAUUAGCGGAAUUAGUGAAAAGAAAAGCCGAAGUAGCUGAAACACUUGCUAAUUUAGAACGACAAAUAUAUGCUUUUGAAGGAUCCUACUUAGAAGACACUCAGUUAUAUGGAAAUAUUAUACGAGGUUGGGACAGAUACUUGACAACUAAUAAAAGUACCAACUCUAAAGCUGACAAAAGAAAUAGAAAAUUUAAAGAAGCUGAAAGAUUGUUUUCAAAAUCAUCUAUUACUUCUAUGGCCGCUGUUAGCGGUUUAGUUGAUGCUGCUGAAACCAAGAAUGAAAGGAAUAGUGAAACUGAAUCACAAACUAAUGAAGAUUCUUCAGACACCCAAAUAAGUACUGGCUUGAGUGCAUUAAAUCAUACAACAAUUCAUGGUUCCACUGAAAGCUUAGCCUCUAAACCCUCAGGCAAGCAACAAUUAAAUGGAAGCUUAGAAAAAGUUGCAUCUAUUAUAAAACAAAGUACACCUAAAAUUGUUACAAGUGGAUUAUUACAAAAAUCAUUUACAUGUGAUUCAAAGCUAUUGUCUGGAAUUGGUCUUGAUAGUAGGCCAGGCACUCCUAAAGAAAAGGAUAUUGCUCUUGGCCUAUUGAGUAAAGGUGACUUUACACCAAAUGCUCUUAAACAUAAACUAUCUAAUAGUAGUAGUAAUAGCAAUGUUAAGAAGAAUAACAAUAAAAAGGCUAGAUAUAGAUAAAAUAAUAUAUUUAUGACUUUUAUGAAGGAAUAACAUUUAGUUUAUAUGUCAGUUAUUGCUGUUCUAGAAGUACAUUGUCUUUGGCAUCUUGUAAAGUGUUCUUUAACUGAUUCUACUAUCAAUUGAUCUCAAUAUUGUCUGCUUAAAUCUUGAUUCUGGAAAUAAUAGUAAUUGUAAUAACUGUG